GGGAAAUAUCCAAGCUUUUGUCACAGUCUCCCUCGAACUUUCGUUCUGGUUGGUGCCUAAGGCUUCUCCUCUGUUAAAUUAUGUCUACCGAAGCUGCAACAAAGCCUGUUGAGGUCACUAAGUCUGUCGAACAAGAGGAAAGUAAAGAAGCUCCAGUUGAGGCCACAAAGCUUUUGGCUCAAGGCAAACGUAACCUGGUGUGUGGUGAAAUCCCCACUGCUGUCAACGAACUACAAGAAGCAUGUGGUUUACUAGCUGCUACAUUUGGAGAGACAGCCAAGGAAUGCGGGGAGUGCUACUUUUACUACGGUCAGGCACUUUUGGAGCUCGCCAGGAUGGAGACAGGUGUCUUGGGAAAUGCCCUUCAGGGUGUGCCUGAAGAAGACACUGAGGAUGAUGCAGAACCCAGUGAGCAGUUUGAAACAGCAGAGAAAGUGACAGGGGAAGAACGCGAGAAGAUAAGGGAUGAAGUGUAUGAUGCAAUGUCUGAACCCGACCCCCCUAAAGCCAAUGGUAAAGAAGCCGUUAAUGAUGAUGCUAAGGUUGAAAAGAAAGAGGAAAGUUCAAUGGAAACUGAAGAAAACAAGGAGAAUGUGAAGAGUAAAAGUGAAGAAAUAAAGGAAACAGUAGAAGAGAAAGAGGAUGGAGAGGAAGACGGUGAAGAGGAGGAAGAAGGGACAGCUGAUGAGGAGGAAGGGGAGGCCACUGCAGAAGAGGGAGAGGCGGAUCCAGGAGAGGGAACCAGCUCAGGCAAGACAGGUGAAGAGGACCCAGAUGACAUUUCUAACUUGCAGUUGUCGUGGGAAAUGCUGGAGCUUGCCAAGGUCAUCUACCUCAAACAAGAAGACAAAGAAAUGAAGUUAAAAGCAGCACAAGCCUAUCUGAAACUAGGGGAAGUCAGCAUUGAAACAGAGCAGUAUGAACAAGCCAUCAGUGAUAUUGGAGAGUGUUUCAAGAUUCAGAAGGAGUUGCUAGAGCAAGAUGAUCGCUUGUUAGCAGAGACACAAUACCAGCUUGGGCUGGCCUUGUCCUUCAACAAGAAUUUUGAGGAGGCCAUUGACAGUUUCCGUGGGGCAGUCAAGGCUAUUGAAGAAAGAAUAGGUAACUUACAGAAGGUUGUAGAAGAGGGGAAGAAGACUGAAAAGUCUGAAGAGAAACCUGCUGAAAAGUCUGAAGAGAAACCUGCUGAAAAGUCUGAAGAAAAACCUGCUGAAAAGUCCGAAGACAAGCCUGCGGAAAAGUCCGAAGAGAAACUUGCCAAGGCUCAAGAAGGGGAGGAGAAAAUGGAAGAGACAAAGUCUGAGGAAGAGAUUAAAGAGAGCUGCAAAGAUACAGAUGACCCAGUAAAAGCUGCUGAGAAAGAGAUUCAAGACUUGAAAGAGAUAUUACCCGAUAUCCGUGCUAAGAUUGAAGAUGUUGUGGAAGAAAGGAAGAACAUGGAUGUUGUGAAGGAAAUGGCCAAGGAUGUUUUCACUUCACAGAUGAAACCUGAAGGGGAAGCCGGAACAAUAGGAACACAGGCUUCUUCGAGUGACAGUGGUGUGAAACCAACAGACAUCAGUCAUUUGAUAAGGAAAAAGAGAAAGCAGUCUGAUGUAGAGGAGGAAGCUGAGACGAAGAAAUCUCGUCAGGAAGAUGGCAGUGGAGAUGCACCUGUGCUCACCAAUGGAAACCAUGAGACAACAGAUAAGGCAAAGGAAGCUGUGAAGGAGGUUGAGUCAAAGGAUGUUCCCAUGGUAACAGACGACAAGGCUGAAGCUGUAUCGACAUAAAGUUCUCACAAAGACUUGUAAAUCUUAGUCUUCUGAAGUUCUACCAGCGACAAUAAUGAGAGGGUGCGCCAUAAAGAGAAAUAUGCUGUUUUGCACCCAGUCUGGUCAACCAUGUUACAAAGCAGUGUUCUGUCUUUUUUUUUAUGAUACAAUCUUUAACAUUUUCUCAUCGAUUUUUGAGAUUUUGAUUCCAUAUGGUACAGGUUCAUUUUCAUCCAUUUGUAGUAUUAUAAAAUGUCUGUACCUCUCUUGAGUGAAUGUGAGUGACUGGAUUUUCGCCCUUGGGGUAGUAUUUAUGGAAUAGAACGGAAGUGAAGGAUUUUUCUGUGUUGGAAUAUAAAGUGCUAAUGUUCAGUGGUUGAUAUGUUGUACAUCUUCUUGUUCAUGUUCUGUGUUACAUAUAGAGAUUGACAUUAUCUGUGGACUCAUUGUGUGGUCAUAAAUAUUGUGUUAGCAUGUUAAUUGGUCCACAUUGUUCAGAUCUGCACGUCAUUAUUCAUAAUAAUCUUAAUCUCAGUCUUCAUUGUCAAAUACA